GUCGGCCAUGGGCCCGCGCCGCCGGAGACGCAAGGCCGUCACCCCAAGGAGGCGCGCCGCGAGCCCGGCCCCCGCCGCCCCGGCCCCCACCACCCCUCGGCGGGGCGCCCCCUCAGGUAACCGGCGACAUCUGGUUUUGAAGGAGAUCCGAAAUCUUCAGAAGAGCACACACCUGUUAUUAAGGAAGAUGCCCUUCUGCCGCCUGGUAAGAGAAAUAUGUGUUAAAUUCACUCGUGGUGUGGACUUCAAUUGGCAGGCCCAUGCCCUGCUGGCCCUACAAGAGGCGGCUGAAGCGUUUCUAGUACAUCUCUUUGAGGACGCCUAUCUCCUCUCCCUGCAUGCCGGGCGUGUUACCCUCUUCCCGAAGGACGUGCAGCUGGCCAGGAGGAUCCGAGGCAUCCAGGAAGGGCUGGGCUGAGCCGCCGCCGCCCCUGGAUGAUACCAGGGACUCUGUCUGGAGCCGGGACCAGAUCCAUGGAGUCCGGGAUGCUGCCUGGACUUGCUGUCUCUGAGCCGAGUGUG